AUGCUUCCCUCGCUUCAGAGGUGUCACUUGCGGGAAGGCUGGAGGAGACCUGCAAUCUACGCUGAGUCGGUUUUCGACAGAGGCCUGAGAAAGCUGCUUGACUCAGAUCGCUUUUUCAAGAUAGAUUUGCCCGACUUCCUGCAGAACAUAGGUUACAACCUUUUAAACGUGAGAGUGGGCUUCUCUGAUGGCACGCUUCGCGGCAUCAGCACCAUUCGAAGGAGAGGAAAAGGCACGUUGCAAGUGGACGAGUCCGGCAACAGCCGCCUGACUUUUCACGUAGCGGGAGGGCCCCUGGAGGCUGACUACGCUGCAGGAAUCCGAGCGUGGUUCUUACGGACAACACUAGAUGUGCGCGUACGCGUGCCACGUUUCCAGGCAUCGUUCACCAUCCAAGAGUCAUCGCCAAACGACCUUAGCGUCGAAGUGCACGGAGUGAGGAUGUCUAAAGGUAGCCUGAUAUUCGACGAAGACGACAUCGGUUUGGAAGGCCCCAUUUACGACAUCGUGUUCGAAGAAUUCAGACCUUUAAUUCAGCAAAAGGUUGGCGAAGCCCUGGUUAGGGAGCUUCGAAAAUUGGCCGAGGAGACACUCGGAGCGGUCAAGCUGUACGCCGUGUCUAACGCGGAGCGCGCUGUUCGCGGAGAAGAUUCGUUGGCCCUUCGAGCAUGGAAACAUGGUUUUAAUGCUGCCACGAGCCUUUCAGCACUCAUUGAGGGUGGCCGUUCGCAUCGACGUCGCACCAACGCACACUCAGGGUCAACCAGCACAAGAGGGCAGCGCUUGGAUUCUUACAGAGUGCGUCGGCAACGCCAGAUGAGGCGUCUUCGAACGCUGCCUUAGAACGCUCGUUGUGUCGACGGGAUUCGAUCCGGCGACAUUACCCGACUGAUCUGGGAACGUUCAACUAUUCCGCAGCCCUCGUGAACGAGAUUGAGGGGAACGUGACCGGCCUCUCGAGCAUCUCCCUUAACGGCGCCAGCUGGAUAUCUGUCGACGAGUGUGGCAUCCGGGCUCGGUUCGACCUUGUAUUCAAGGGUCCUCAGGAUCAAUGCGACAGCGUCAGCCCGCAAAUGGUCAAUGAGCAGGAGCGUGGCCUUCGAGAUGGAGAUCUCGGAAGUCGAGGUCGUGCUAGAGAUCCAAGAAACUGAGGAUUCGCUUCAAAUUACUACCUAUGACGUGACCUUUACCUCUAACGUCACGGUAACACCAACAAUGGCGGGGACAGUUGGCUGGCUUGUUGACUUAUUCGGCGGACUUUCCAAUACAACCCUAGAGGACAACGAUCUACAGCUAAUCAAGUCGUCUUCGCGCAGAUAUGUUCAACGGAUCGUCGACGCGGUUAAGAGUUUCAUCGCCGAUCCUCCGCCCAUACCGACGGCGCGGCGCCGAGGGUGACCAUCUGUGACACUUUAUUGAAUGUCAUCGCUAUAAUAAAAAAAGACAUGUUGGUGAAAAGU